CGCUUAGUCAGAGCACUGUAGAUUUGGAGCCUGUUCGUCAUGGCAGAGGAUGUUGAGACUCCAGUGGUGUUUCAGCAUCAAUAUAUGUGUUCAGAAUGUGGGGUUCUUUACAACACACUGGAAGAUGUAUUGCUUCAUCAACAGAACCACUUUGGUGAGGGAAUACAGACCACAUUACCCCAGGAUGUGUCUGUGGAUCUGAAUGACCUACAAGGCCUUGUGGAAGAAAGGCAGUAUCAGUGUCUUGAAUGUGGACAAGUCUUGCUAUCACCUGAUGAGUUGCUACGCCACCAGGAUAUGCACAUGAGGGAGAUUCCACAGGUUCCAGCCCAGCCUCCCUCACAGGGGAGUAGUCAGAUCCAUUACCAGUGCUGCGAGUGUAAGGAGCUUUUUACUUCACCUGAACUGUGGCUUAGUCACCGUCGGAAACACAAAAAGGAUGAGGAGCCGCCCCAGCAAAAUGUGGUCCUACAGACAGGUUCUGGUAUCCAGGCCUUACUGAGUUUGCAGAAUGUCCUUCUAGAUGAGAGAUCGUUAAAUGGCUGGGGUUUGGAGAUGCCAGCUGUAAUUUCAGGCACAAGUCAGGAUGCAGACAUUGUGCCAAGCACCCCUACCUUCACUGGGAGAACAACUGUGCAGCAAGAACUUGAAGAGAUGACAGAGAUGCACCCUUAUGAGUGCUCAGAGUGCAGCCAAGUUUUUCACACCCCAGAAGAGUUUCUGGAACACCAGGGGCGACACUUUAUUGAAACUGAGAAAGAAAGUGUGGCAUCUCCAGUCGAGUUUACAAGUGCCAAGAAUGCAAGAAAAGAGUGUACCUCAGCAGAGGAAUUGCGUAAGCAUCGUAAAGAACAUCAAACAGAGGACUUUCCCUGCCCCGACUGUGAUCGACUUUUCACUUCAGCCAAUAGGCUACAGUCCCAUCGGCGAGUGCAUGUAGAAGGCACUCUUCAGUGUCCAAAUUGCUACAAAGUAUUUAAGAAAGAGGCUUCUCUGGAGCAGCACAUGCGUGUGCAUCGUGGAGAGGCACUUCACUUGUGUGUGGACUGUGGAUUAGGAUUUGAAACAGAGAUGACCCUGGUGCUGCAUCGAAAGAGCCAUACAGCAGAUCCUUUCUACCACUGCCACUGUGGCAAAACUUUUAGCAACAUGACCAAAUUUUUGUAUCACCGUAGAACACAUGUUGGUAAGAGUGGGGUACCUGUGUCGAAAUCCGAAAAGCCACUUGUUACAGAGAAAGAGGGCUUUGCAGUACUGACAGACCCACAUACUCCUCCUCCUGUGAAUUUGUCAAUACAAUCAGUAACUUCUGAAAUUACAGGGAUACAAGAAGCUCCAAAAAACAUAGUGACCCAAGAGAAUGGUUUUAAUAGCUCCAUCCCUGUAGAAGAGAAUCAGACUACAUCAGCUGAGACCUUUCAGUGCCCACAGUGCAGCAAAACAUUUUUCUCACGUUUGAGAAUGGUACGUCACAAACGUGUUGUUCAUGUUCUUGAAAGAAAGCACAAAUGUAGCAUGUGUGGAAAACGCUUCAAGAAACAAGUGCACUUGCGGAACCAUGUACGCACUCAUACAGGUGAACGGCCCUUCCAAUGUACAGACUGUGGAAAGACAUUUGGUUCACGGGCGAACUUGACCAGACACAACCUCACACACACUGGGGAGAAGCCAUAUAGGUGUGAAGUCUGUGGUCGGGGCUUCACACAGAGUUCUAACCUACAGCAACAUUGUACAAAGCACACAGGUGUCAACCCCUUUCCAUGCCAGAUGUGUGGAAUGUCAUUCAGUCAUGCUUAUAAGUUGGCAUUGCAUGUUUAUGAACACACAGGCAUCCUCCCUUACAAGUGCCCAGAAUGUGGCAAAGCAUUCAUGCGCAGAAAGUUAAUGGAGUUGCACCAGCUUGGCCACCAUGGCAAGGAGCCACUUCACUGUCGAGAUUGUGGAGUUGUGUUUGCUGUGGAAUCUCAACUUUCAGAACAUAAGUGUUCUUGUACAUGGAAUCUGCAUGUAUGCCCUACUUGUGGCAAAAAGCUAAACUCUAAGAUAAGCCUAGAACGCCACAUGCAAGUACAUGAUGGCAAACAAACCUAUAAAUGCCAUAUCUGUGGAAAAUUCUUUAGCACUCAGAGUGGAGUGAGCAGACACAAGUAACGGCACUCUGGUGUGCAACCUCACAGAUGUAGUGUUUGUGGUAAAGUGUUUGCUGCAUCCUCUAGUCUUCUAUUGCACCACAGGACCCACACAGGAGAACGCCCCUUUUCAUGUAAAGAUUGUGGCAAGGCUUUUAGGCAAACUACUCACCUCAGAGAGCACCAACGGUUACACACAGGGGAGAGGCCGUACCGUUGCCAUGAAUGUGGUAUGUCCUUUAUCCAGUCCACACACCUGGCAGAACACAAACGUAUCCACACUGGGGAACAGCCAUACUCUUGUGCUGACUGUGGUAAAACUUUUAAGACAAGGUCAAAUCUUCGCACCCAUCGCAAAUCACAUGAGGCUCAACCACAGCAGAUGAUCAUGUGCACAGAACUUGGAGAAACCAUUGCAAUAAUAGAGAGUGUUGAGCCACUCCCCAUUGUAGAGACCAUAGAGAUUUACCAGGCUGCCCUGGAAGGGAAUUUACAUGUAGAAAAUGCAAACUAGAUGGAAACUAGCAGAACGUUAAAAAGCUUACACAAUAUUUGCUUUUUAGCAGAAUUGUUAAUAAUAAAAAAAAAAAAGUUGAGCUUUUGUUAAACCAGAA